ACCCAGCAACGUUGUAAACAUCCGGUAUUUUCAUAUCGGAAAUAUUAUCAUUGCAAACAUUGUUUGUCAUUCAAAAUGUCUGCAUUUUCGAUCAAAAGGCAGAUAACAUAUCGUCCCCAUGAAGCUCUCGAGCGAAUGCUGAACAAAACAACUCUUUCAACCCAAAGAGUUCAACACAAUAAUGUCAUUGACUUAGGGAAUCGUAUGUUGAUGGUUAAAGAUGAUGAUUCUAAAGAAAGACAAGAAAAAUUGCUCAGCCAUGUUUUAGAUGAAGCAGAGGCAAGACAUACCAGAGAACUUCGAGCUGCUUUAAAGAGACUUAGAGAUCAGAAAGAUGAAGAAAAGAAAAGAGCUGUGGAAAGAGAAAGAAAUUACUAUGAGAAGAAAGCAGAAAGAAUUGAAAGACAAAGAAAUGAACUUGAAGCAGAGAGAUUUCGGGAACUGACUAAGAAAUUAGAAAAAGAAAAACAAGCAGCACUUGAUGAACAGUGGGAGGAAUGUGAAAGACUGAAGGAGGAGGCUGUAGAGGAAGCUAAAAUAGAAUUGACAAAACAAUUACGGAAGGAAUUUACAGUAGAGAAAGAGCAGGCCAUAGCUGAGGCAUUGAAAAAACAAAAGGAAAAAUUUUUGGUCAGAGAGAAAGAAAAAAUAGAGAAAACAAUAAAAGAAUGUGAAGAAAAAGCUAGAAAGGAGGCAGAGAGAGUUGCCAGAUUACACCAAAAAGAAAUAGACAGAUUAAAUGAGAGGUAUAAUGCUCUGGAGCGAAAAUAUCAAAUAGAAUAUUCCCAUAGACAUAGAGUUGAAGAAGACUUUAGAAGCUUACAAGAUGAUUACAAAAGAUUUUUGGAUCACACGGAUGGCAAGUUCCAUUCAGAUUAUUUGAUGAGAUUACGAUACACUGGAUUAAGAUUAGCUAACAAAAGAAUAAGUGAUGUCACUUAUGAAGAUGUUUACCACUUAAAAUAGUUAUGAUAUUAAUGAUCAUUCCAGUUGAUAUUGCUAGCAUUAUGAACCAGACAGUUUUAUUCCUCAUACUGGUAUACAUGAGAUAUUUUUCUGUAUAAAUAUUUGAGAAGCAUAUUUAAGGUUAUUAUAGGUUUGGUGCAUAUGUUAUAAAAUCACUGUGUCCUUCCAUACCUUAUUGGCACAUCACUUUUAACAGUUAGUGAAAGUAUAUAAGGCCAGUCACUGAUCAUCACACAAGUUUGAAUCAACUUUGAAUCUGGCAGCUUCAGAAUGCAUCUUCUCUGAGAUUGUUUGAGGGAUUUCAGGUUAAAAUUCACAUGAAGGAGGGAAGGUUGGCUUCAAAGAACAUAUUAUUUUUUUAUUUUAACUUGAAUUGAAUUUCUAUGCAUUUUUUUUAUUAUUAGGAGCAAGGUUGAGAGUAUAAUUAUAGAUUAUCGUUGGUUAUCUCAACGAGAUUGAUUUUCUCGCUUGAGCCGGUACGGUGAAAGCGAGAAAAGCAAUCGAGUUGAGAUGACCAAUGAUAAUCUGUUUAUCGCUAUUUUACCUAUGAAGACGUUGUUAAUUUCUUUGACAACGGCACGUGUUCCCUUAGUUUCUAGCAAUAAUUUUCAUAUCACUCGACUCCGCUGAGAACGGAAAUUAUCAGUCAGCAAGAUCAAAGGAAAAAUUCGUAAAAUAGCUAUAAAUUUCUAAUAUUACCUACAGUUUUUGAUAAUAAAGCUCUUGUUUUUGCAUAGGGUGAUGGUAUAUAAUAUUGUGUGUUAUUUUGAUUCCUUACUGCAAGAACCUUUCAAUAGAUAAUGUUUACCUUUGCCUGAUACUUAAAAUUAUAUGUGAAGUUAGAUUGAUGAAUACUGAAAAUUUUAUUGAAUAUUGAAAACACUGAUAAGGUAAGUGCAUAUAAUCCUUAAUAACGAAAUUAAGUCUUUUAAAGCUGAAGUUAAAAUACUAUUUCUCCUAUGAUCUGCUGAAUGUCUUUAGCAGGAACACAAACUUGUACUUUACCUUUAAUUUUUGUCAAUUUGUUGACAUGUUUUAUCUUUGUAGCUGAAAACUCUUUCGGUUCAUUGAUGAUGAUACAUAUUUUUUCCUUCUCAACUUGUGAAUUUUUAAAAAAGACAAAUGAUGUCAGUUGACAUCUUCAUUAUGUUCUUUCAUGCUUAGUAUCACUAAUAACUGCUGUUUUAUUUAGUUUUGUUGAUUCAACAACGUUUUGUCGGAAUGAUGAAAUCAGACUAAAACUAACCAUCAUCUAAAAUACUUGGGAGAAAUAUUUCUCUGGAUGUAAAUACAUUGCUUUCAAACCUAUGAUUUGAAAUGUAAGCGUGUGCAAUUUAGAUUUUUCCCCACCAUAAUUAAAAGACCAAACACACCAUAAUUAGUAGUACCUUAUCUCUUUGAGUAUAAGACACUGACUUGGGAUUAUGAAUUGGAUUUCCAGUACCAUGUCUAUUUUCUAUACAUGUAUUUGCAUUGUUAACAGAUUAAGUAAAUAAUUACCAAUGUUAAGGAAUUCAUUGAAAUGUUUUCUCACCUGCAAUUUCUUUUGUUCUUUGACAUAAACUCAAUUUUGCUUGUUUUAGCCUAAUUUGGUCUUUAUUGAAAAACAGUGCUGUUGGAACUUUUUGGUCUUAAUCUAAUUUUUCAUCAUUUACUUGUGGUGCAUUUUUGUUUGUGACUUUUUUUUUUAUAUUAUAUCUUUAAUGAUUCCAGAAGUUAGUUGUAUCAAUGAUUUGUAUAGUAAGAAUAUUACUAUGUAUAUAAAUCAUUGGUUGUAUAUGUUUAAGAAAAGUAUUUAAUUAAGUCAAUUUGAACUCAAGAUUCUACAAUUUGUACAGGAAGUAGCAAAACUAAAAAUAAAACUGUUUGUUUAUACCUGAGAUUACUAUAACACAUAUAAAGUACCAAUUUAUUUCAAAUAAAAAUAACAUUAUAAGACACAAUUGUUAAAAGUCUAGCACUUUCAUACUUCAAGGGACUUAUCAAAAUGUUGUUAAGUGUUUCUAUAACGUAACGUCAUCGUAUUGUUACACUGUUUUUAUCCCAUCUUAUUGUUUGGGUGUUUCCAGCUUUUUUGAAAAGAAACAGUUCUUAUCUGUUUAGUUUUGGUUUGAAUAUCUUUAUAAAAUUUUUCCAUUUUUUCUCUGUAUGUCUCAGUAACUUUUGAAAAAUGGGAAAACUCUGAAUUUUUUUAUUUCCUCAUUGUUCAUUGUGUUUGCUUAACAAAGUUUUGGUUGUGCUUGGGUCACUUAUUUGUAUUUGUCUCACAUUAGUUGUAUUUUCAGAUUACUUGCCUGUCAGCGACUAGUUAUUAUUUGUAUUUGUCUCACGUUAGUUGUUUUUUCAGACUACUUGCCUGUCAGCGACUAGUUAUUAUUUGUAUUUGUCUCACGUUAGUUGUUUUUUCAGAUUACUUGCCCGUCAGCGACUAGUUAUUAUUUGUAUUUGUCUCACGUUAGUUGUUUUUUCAGACUACUUGCCUGUCAGCGACUAGUUAUUAUUUAUCUUCUUUGAGAACUUUUUAACAUUCUUACUUUGUAAAAUAAUAUGUAGGUUUACUUUUGCUACAUUAAAAAUGUUGGUUACUCCAGGAUCAUAUGUAGUAACAAAAGGUAGUAAUAAGCUCUUUUUUUUUCUUUUUCUUUUGUAGUAUGGAGCUGGGUAAUUGUUAAUUCCUUUAUCUUUUCAAAUCUGUCUUUGAUUAGUUUGACUGGGUAUAUAACUCUGUUGAAUAAGAUAUUCUUUGAGUUCUUCCAGUCUUAUUUUCUACAGGUCUUCAGUUACAACUAUGACACAAAUUCGUCUUGCCGUACAGUAGGGAAUGUUCUGCUUUGUAUGUGAUGGAUGACACAAUUAGAAAUUGAGGUAUUGAUGUGUGUCAGUUUUCUGAUAAAAUAUAUCUGUAGUAAUUUGACCAUUUGAUAUUUUAAUCAAAAUGUCUAAAAAAGGAAACUGUUCUGUACUUGUUUCCAUAGUAAAGUUGAUUAACAGGUGCAGAGAGUUCAAUAUAUGGGCUGCGUCGGAUUAAAAAAAAAAAAGAAACAUCGUGAUAUCUUUCCCAUUGAUUUAAAACAUAUUCUUUGAAUGUCAAAGUAUAGUAUAUAUAUAUUAAGUAAUCUCAGGUUUGUACAAGGAAGUACAUAUGAUGAUAUGUUAACAAUGAUGACUAAGCUAUUUCAUAGUUUCUAGUCUAAAGUAGGUGCAACUUUCUAAAUUUAGUAGUUGUGUAGAGACAGUUUUUGCAUUUUAACAAGAUUUUACUCCUUUAAAACUGGUGGGUGUGUUAUGUUCAAAGAAUGGAAAUCAUGGGAAUGUGGUCAUUACAACUACUUCUGUGUUAAUUGUUAGCUGUUGGAUUAAUUUUGAAAUAUCUAAUAUGCACAUAACAAUUUUCACAUUAAAACUAGUCAUUCAUACUUCAUGAUUGAAAAACUAAUUCAGGGGAAUUGAUAACAAAUAUAAAAUGUGGUUUUGUGACUUACAUGGUAAGGGUUAUUUUUUUUUAGUUUUAUUCUGAGUAAAUUAAUAACAAUGUACUGUGCUGUGAUAUUAACUUAUCUAUACUUUGACUUGUUAAAUGUUGUUUAUUCAGUCUGAUUGUUUAUUAAGGAUUGAAGCUUAUUAUUGUAAUUUUAUUGGGGUGUUAAAAGAGUUAACAGAAGCACAAUUUAUAUGAAUGUGUGCGUGUUUAAUGCUUUUACAAUCGUAUUAAAGUACAUAGAAAAGAAUUCAAUUCUAAUAAUUACACAUUUGUGCUAAAAACAUGAAAAAAACAAUUUAGAUCUUGAGUCUUUCAUUGUUUUUCUAUACAUAUUUCAUAUGUAGAUGUUGCAUUUUAUUCUGCUAUAAAUUUAACUUUUGGAUUGCCUUGGCCAAUCAAAAUUAUGGAAUCGUAAGAUUGAUCUUCUUUUGUAAUGUAAUUGAUGUUCAGCCACCAGUACCUGUUCAAGUAGGCUUUUUAAAGUUUUAGGGUUUUUCUGUUUCCUUUGAAAUGUCUACUGGACACUACCUUUGUAUCCUAUCUUCCAAAUGUCUUUUCAUAAUAUUUAGAUUAAUAUUUUUUAUAUUAACUUGGUGGCAGAUUAAGAUGUGUAUUGGAUGGGGUUCCAUCUUGUUUGAUUUCAGCACAAUAAGUACAUUUAAGUUUAUUUAUCUUAUUAGGGCCCUGCCACAUAUUAUCACUAGGUCUGUCUGUCCAUCACCACUUCUAUGUUGUAUGAUAAAAUUAAAUUGCCUCAAUCUCUUUCAAUAAUCUUAAUGCACAUUGUUUUAUCUAUAAAAGGAAAAUCCCUUUCACUUUUUUUAAAAAUUGGAGGAAAUUUGCUGUAAAAACUUAGUUUUUGUCUUAGAAACAUCUUUUUGCUUGGCCUCAGUGGCAGAGAGGACUAGGUAGUCAAACUAAUGUAUCACUAGCCUGUCAACACAGAGGUUGUGAGUUCGAAUGCUGCACGUGUCAGGUGUGUUUGACUCCAAUCUUAAUUGACCAGUUUUCCUACCGGAGGAUGGUGGUUCUCUCUAGUGCUUUCUCCACCAAAUUAUAUACAAAUUUUGUGAUGGUUUGUUGCCAUGAUAACUCAAUGUGAAAUUUGUUUUUUAUUUUCUAAACACCUUGUACGUCAAUGUAGUCAGGACAAAUUUAAGAAUAUGUAUGGUAAUUUUUCAAUUUGCACUAAUAUUUGGGCCAAAUAAGGGCUUAAUUGCCCCUACUCCUUUGUGGUUAAACGUAGCUUAUUUUUUGGUAAAAAAAAUUUUGGAGAAACAUAUUUUUAAACUGAUUUCAACAAAAGAAGAUAUACGUAUAGCUAUAAUAUGUGAUCCAAAAUUAAAAGUGUCAAAAUUUAAACAUAAAAAAAUAGUUUUUUGAUUUUAAAGAAACUUGAUAUAUUAAGAAUUUGUUUUUGUGCCAACUUUACAAAAAUUGAACAUGCAUUGCUUCGUGUGCAUCAGGAUCAAUUAUUUGUUUCUGUACCUCACAUAUAUGUAUGUGCGAGAGGGGCCCUUCUUGACAUGUCAGUUUGAUAGUUUGUUUUGCUUAUUGUAAGAUUGUUUGUUUUGAAAGAUUUUUUGUAAGUUUUUUUUUUUCUUGUAUUCUUGUUUUUGCAUAGUAGGUGUAUAUUUGAAUGAAAAAUGGUUGUGAUGUACAGUUUUUAACAGCUGACCUUUCAAUUUAUAUUGUGAAAUAUGUAUAAUACCUAGUUAAGUAAACAUUUUUAUGGAUGUUAUAGGUUAAUUCUUCAUUUUAUUCUUUGAAAUCACAAGAAUUCAGAUGGAUCAAUUUAAGAAUAAACCAAAAUUUGAACCCUUAUAUUUGAUGCAAUAAACACUUCCAAGUUUUUAUGAACCAAGAUAUUUAUACAAAUGACAAGAAUUUCUACUAACUAACAAAAGACCUAUGACAGUACAUAGAUAGUUUGAUAGAUAUAUAGUGUCCUAUUAAGUUACAGAAGUGUCCAGUUUUAUGUGAUAUAUUUAUGUUAUAAUGAUAUUGUUUUGGUGCUUUAAGUUGAAUUAUUUACAAUAAACAGCUUUAUUAUUUACAUUUAUCUGUGAUAUUAUGAAAUAAAACUGAAAAAAAAAUUA